AUGGCUAAGCUCAUCCUCGUUUUCGUAAGUCUUGCCCUCUGCGUCCUCUUAGCCAACGCUUCCAUCUACCGCACAGUAGUUGAGUUCGAGGAAGACGAUGGCAUCAGCAACAGAAGGGGUCAGCAACAAGGUAAGUGCCAGAGGGAGUUUAUGCAGCACCAGCAGCUAAGAGGUUGCAAGCAAUGGAUCCGGCAACGAGCUCAACAAGGAAGAAUCGGAUACGAAGCAGAUGACUUUGAGCUCGUUCUUCAUGUUGAUCUUGAAGACGAUGAGAACCCAAUGCCUCGUCCUCAUCAACCAGCUCUUAGAAUGUGUUGUAAUGAGCUACGACAAGUGGAAAAGAUGUGUGUGUGUCCUACACUGAGACAGGCUGCUCAACAAGUUGGAUUCCAAGGAAGGCAUGGACCACAACAGGUGCAACAUAUGUUUCAAACUGCUCAGAACUUGCCUAAGAUCUGCAAAAUCCCUGUUGGGUCGUGCCAGUUUAAGGCGUCUCCUUACUAA